AUGGAAAUUGAAGGUGUUAAAUAUUACCGAGAAGAGAUAGCUAAGCGAGACGAAAUAACUCUUCAACAGAUAAAAGAAGUCGCGGAACCAUUAAUAAGGAAGGAAAUCUCCCAAUUAAAAAAUGAGAAUGUGUUAGUUCAGCGUAUUGAUGAAUUUUUGGCUGACAUUUACAUUUGUAAAGUGCUCUAUAAUGCUGACGGAUUAAAAACGGAAACUAAUUUGAGAAAUAUUUUACGGCGAGAAAAAUUCGGAAGUAAAGAUUAUGAUCUGGCCAAAGUUACUAAUUUUCGUUUUCGGGACGUUGGGGGUUGUCAAGAAGCUAAGGAGGAAUUAAAAGAAAUAGUGGCUUUUCUGCGUAAUCCCCAACUUUUUCAGCAAAGCGGAGCCAAAUUGCCCAAAGGAGUUUUGCUAGUAGGACCACACGGAAAUGGUAAAACUUUGUUAGGUAAGGCGCUGGCUGGAGAAUGCCAACUACCUUUUUUAUUCCGUUCCGGUUCGGAAUUCGAAGAAAUGGUAGUGGGUUUGGGAGCAAGAAGAAUACGGGAACUUUUUGCCGAAGCCCGCAGUUAUCCUAAUGGUUGCAUUAUUUUUAUCGAUGAGAUAGAUUCGAUUGGCAGAAGACGCAAUACUCACAACAGUAACGAUUUAACUCUUAAUCAGUUAUUGAAUGAACUAGAUGGUUUUAAUCCCCGCGAGAACAUUUUUAUUCUCGCUGCCACUAAUUUUCCGCAAGUCUUGGACGCUGCCCUUUUACGUCCCGGACGUUUCGACCGCCAGAUAUUCAUCACUUUACCUAAUCUCCAAGCCCGAAGAGAAAUUAUUAAAUUAGCGACCCCCAAGAUUCCUUUUCGGCAGGAUGUUGAUUUAGAAGAAGUGGCUUCCUUAACCCGAGGAUUUAGUGGGGCCCAAAUAGUCAAUUUAUUCAAUGAGGCUACUCUCUUGUGUUUGCGUUACAAUCACAAAAAAAUUAGUCAAGAACACAUUUUUGAGGCUCAUGACCGUGUCCUUAUGGGACCUUCUUCUCUUAGUCACACUAUUCACCCCAGCAAAAAAAAAAUUGUGGCUUUUCACGAGGCUGGACACGCUAUAAUCGGACUAAGUUUGCCCGAAACUAGCGUAAAAAAAAUUACUGUUGUGCCACGCUGA